AUGCAACAAAUGAGCGAAAGAAGAAAUAUUGCUUCAAUUUCUCAAUUUUCUGAUAGAAAUGAGAUUGAUGGGGUUAAGUUAUAACAAUUAUCCAUCUCCUUUUUGAAAAAUAGAAAUUAAUUGUUUGAUUAAGAUCUCUUAGACAUUCCAAUGAGGAGAGGAGAGUCCGUAGAUAUGGAGUAAAUAAACGAUACUAGCAAGGUUUAAAGUAUGCAUCAAGAAAGAUAGAAACGCAAAAAUGAUUUAUAGCUAAUUUAAUUAGAGGAGUUCGAGAAUGACGAUAAUUAUAUAAAAAGGAUUUCAAGCAAGAACUCUUCUGUAACAAGAAAUAGCAAGAGCAGUAAAUAGGAAGAAUUAUUUAAAGAGAAAUUAGAAAAAUCAGAGAUGGAUACGCAGAAAAGACUAUCUGUUUAAAAAGGAAAAUAGGAAAAAUUGCUUAAACUGUAGUAAUCAGUGAGGAUUAUGCUAAUUAUAAAGGAAUUUUAACGAAAGAUAGGCAUAUUCUCUCCUUUCGGUGGAUUUAGGUUAAUAUGGGAUUGCUUUAUUGGAGUAAUAAUCAAAGCCAAAUUGUAUGAAUUUUGGAAAAUUUAAGAAAGAGUCACUUAUGUUUUAAACUACCAGAAAAACAUGAAGAAUACAAUAGAUUUAUUAAGAUUAGUUUUUAUUAUUAUUUGUAUUUGUCACACUUUCUGUUUAUUCUGGUAUGGAAUAGCAUCUUAUGAGACUAGUAUCGGCAAAAAAGAUACCUGGCUUCAUGCUUAAAAUCUCAUUGAAGAAAAUAGCAUAUUAAUAAGAUAUAUAUAUUCCUUUUAUUUUCUCUCUGUGACUAUGAUAACUGUCGGAUAUGGCGAUAUUACUCCUUAAAACCCUCUCGAAAUGGUGUUCACAGUGAUUACCAUGUUUGUCACAGGCUUUUUUUGGGCGUAUUCUCUGAACAGAAUAGGAAAAAUAAUUUCUAAUUCUGAAAUGUAAGAGAAAUCAUACAGAUAAAACAUGUAAAUAAUUCAUGAUUUUAUGCGCGUGGAAAACGUUGAUUCUGGUCUGAGAGCUAAAGUUUCUAAUUAUCUCCAAUAUUACUACAAAGAGACUAAUGAAGUAUAGAAGAGCCAAGAGCACAUAAUAAUUAAUUAACUUUCUGAGUAGUUAAAGACAGAUUUGAUGAAGGAAGUGAAGGGAAAAUACUUGCAGAAUAUACCUUUCAUUAAACAGAUGGAGUCGAAAAGCAAACUGAUUUCUAUCAUGAAUGAGGUACUUUUUUCGCCUGGUGAAUAUAUUUUCCAUCAAGAAGAUUUAAGUGAUUGCUCUUUAUUUUAUUUGGUGAAAGGAGAAGUUUAAGUUUUAUUAGAAAAUUAGAAUGAUAAAGAAAAUCCGUUUUUAAUAAAAAAUAUACAAAAAUAAAACUACUUUGGAGAAAUCUCAUUCAUCACAGGCUCUAGAAGAAGUGCUUCUGUUCGAGCAAUAGACUUCUGCAUUGUCUAUAAGAUAGAAAGAUAGAAAUUUCUUGAUAUUCUUAAAUAAAGUUAGCUAGAUUACGAGACAUUCUGUAUGAUGAAGGAAGCUCUAAUUUUAAAAAGCAACUAUAAUCUUUCCAAGACAGGAUGCUUUUCUUGUAACUGCUAGUCUCAUUUAAUAAGCAAUUGUCCUAGAAUACACUUUACUGCCUCUAAGAAUAUUUUAGCUGUGAAGGCUUUUUAGUCUACGCCACAUUUGAGUCAUCAAAAGUUCGAUAGAAAAAAUAAAAAAUUCAACCCCCUUCAGUUAGUCGAUUUAUGCUUAAGUUCAGCAAUCAGGUUUUUCAAUGAUUAAAUGGUAAACCAAAGCUUUGAAAGCAAUCAAUUAGAUGAAUAUUUCAUCAAUUAAGAAGAAGUGGAUGAUAUUUACAGCAACGAAAAUUAUUUUGUUAUAAGAAAUAUUACAAAACCUCUAAACAGCGCGAAAUAAAUAAACUUACAGAUAGAAGAUGGGAUAAAAGGAAGCUCAUAAAACGCAAUAAUAAGUGACAAUUAAUAAAAUUAAUAUUAACAGUAUGAGUGCUCUGUAGUCGAAAAUAUUAACCAAAAUGAUGACAAUAGCAUUUAGAAGUAUAACUCUUCUAAUUUCCAAGCAUAUUUAGAUAAUGAUUAGAAUCCUGCUCUUGAUUAAGUAAAUAUCAAGCAUAAAAACUCAUAAUUUGAAAUAGUCAAAUAAAGUAAUAAUAAUGAUGAAAUUAUCUAAUCUGCAAAGCUAAGGGAGAACAAACAAAGAUAAAUAAAUAAUGCCAAAAAUGAUGAAUAACCUAUUUACAUAGUAAGCAGUCAUGAAUAGAUAUAAAUAGAUUAAAGCAAGCUUUAGAUUAGUUCUGAAGAUAGGAUUUAAUUAGAAAGUGAUUUGAAAUUAACAUUAUUUCCUGUGAGACAAAAUAAUUAAACAAUCACAAUACCUCAUAAUAGUAAAAGAUAGAGUUUAUUAAAGUAAAUUAGUUACAAAUAAGACGAUAAAUAGUAAGGAAAAGGAAUGUAAAAUAAUGAUAUUAAAAUAAAUAGCUAUGAUUGUAUUUAAAGCUGUCAAAUCCCAUUCUAAAAAAUGGAGUCUUCAAUAAAGAUGUAAAAUUCCCUUAGUGAGAAUGUUAAUGAAAAUGGAUAAAGCUGCGACGGGUUUAGCUCUUUAAGCAAUACCAGUAAAACAACAAAAAUGAAUUUAUUUAAAUAAAUAAAAAGCAAAACUUUAGCUCUCCAAAUAAAAAAGAGCCAAAAACCUUUUUUCAUUCAAUCAUAAAAUACAAUUUCUCCUAGAAAAUCCGUUUAAUUAGAAACGUAAAAAGUUCCAUCUUCAAUCAAUAUAUCUGAUGAAUAAGGCAAAUUACUUUAAUUGAUUGAUCAUAAUAAGCAAAAAUGUGCAAGCUUAGAGGAAAGCAUAAAAAAGCCCGUUUUAGAUUUUUAGAACCUCAAAUUUAAGUCAAUAAAAGAGGAUCAUCCCACAAAAAAGAGAAUCAACGACUUCACUGACUUUUCAAUUCCUUCAAGUUUUGAAUUUAAAGCAGAAGAAAAUACCCAUCAAAAGAAAACUAACUUUUAUGAUUUUUAAACUGAAUUACUUACGUUAAAUGAAAUGAAAGCAAUAGGUUAGUAGAAUAUUAACUUUAAAACGAUCUUGCCUACUGUAUAAGAUAAUAAUAAAUUAAUUUAAUGCUUAAACUAAAUAGAAUGGGAAUAUUUGUCUUUGAUUCUAUUCGAUAAAGCAAGAAUAUUUAAGUAUUACUACCCUUUAAAUAAUUAUACUUACAUCAUUCAAAAAAUCAAAAAAGUUUUCUAAUCGAAGAAGGACCUUAAAAGCAAACAAUCCUUAAGAACUUGUUUGGUCUAAAAAACGAGAAGAAAAUAAUUGCAUCAAUUAUUUUAAAAUACACAGAAAAAGAAUAAAAAUAUGCACUGA